AAAGAAAUUUCUUACAAGAAAAUUCUUCUUUCAAAAAGCUAAUCCAAUCCCACCUUAAACCUAGUUUACUCAUAUACCGAGACAGGAGGAGCGCUUCGAGGAGAAGAGGAGAGAGAGGUGUUCUGCCUCCGCCUCCGCCACUGUUACUGCCACGAUCUGCCGUCCCGGUCCGUUGGAACCGCCACAGGUUCUGCCACCGCCUCUGUUUCUGCCUCUUCCCCUGCCCCUGCCUUUCCGUGACGCCGUCUCUUCCUGUUUCUGCCUUGCCACGCUGGUGCUGCAUGGUGUGGGUGUUGUUGCGGGCUACGUUGCUGGUGUUGUUCGGCCAGCCACCCCACCGUUUUUGUCCUGCUCCGCCAUUGCCGCUGCAGCUCCGCCACCAUACUGUCUCAGUUCUGCUCUGUCUGCUGGAGCCAUUGGCUUGGACGUGACCGUCUGCUGAAGCUACUGCCGAGGAGCUACUAGCUACCGCCACCGCAACCUCACCUCCAUUUUCUGCAAAUUAAUCACUUUGAGUGUAUGAUGGUAAGGGUGUAACACAGCUGGUGUGACGCAUGACAAACACUCAACAUCUUCCUUCCGCUGCUUUCGCAACCACCCCACCAAUCUCACUGGAUGCUGACUGCACUGGAAAUGGUUCGACAAAGUAUAUAUUCCAAUUUUGUGAGUAUGGUCUGAGCAAUUCUAAAAUGGACUUGCCUAAUUGUGAUAACCAGCUGGAAGUUGCCGUAAGGAAGACAGCUCUGAGAGAUCUACAGAGUGAUAAUAAAAUGACAAAGCCCACCUUUGUAAGCUCCUCAUUGUUGAAGGAUAGAGAUGCUGGUCCUGAUUCUAAUAGUGUUUCUGGCUCCAAGAGACUCUUGCCUGAUUUCCCAGUGAAUCACCUUAUUCAACAAUCUACUGGAAAUAAUGCUGCAAAUGGACAUCUUGUGUAUGUUCGCAGAAAAUCAGAGGCAGAAUUGGGCAAGAGCACUGCUUGCGAAAAUCCAAGUAUUAAUGCUUAUUGUCAGCAUUUGAGCCAGCUUUGUUGUGAACAGGAGACUGCUCAACUAAAGCCUCUGAUAAAGGCACCAAAGGUUUCAUGUUUUCCAGCAUUUGCACCUUUUCCAAUGACUUCUUCAAUGAGCUCAUCCAGAAAGCCUUCGGUUCCUAUUUCUCUUGGGAAAUCUCCCUUGAGGCUACCACCGGUUGAGUCGAAUUAUAUGACAGCUUCUUCUGGCCCUGCCAGUGGUAAUCCAAAGGGAUUGAAAAGUGUGCAUUGGGAGGAGCGAUACCAACAAUUGCAGAUGUUUUUAAGGAAACUAGACCACUCUGACCAAGAAGAAUAUAUCCAAAUGCUUCGAUCACUUUCCUCUGUGGAACUUAGCAGACAUGCUGUAGAGCUGGAGAAGAGAUCAAUUCAGCUAUCACUAGAGGAAGCGAAAGAAUUACAGCGUGCUGCUGUUUUAGAUGUCUGGGGAAAAUCAGUGAAGAAAUUCAAAGAACCUGAAGACACUGCCGAGUGAUCAGAUAAGUUGAAGAUAUCCUCAUGAUCAUCCUAGCAGUUGAGCUCUUAUUAACUUAAUGAAGCUGUAGAAAUUUUAUGACUGAUGCCUUGUGUGCUUGUAUGUUUCAUGAGUUUCUCAAGUAGACUACGAAUUUGUCUCACCACUUUAUUGUGAAAAAAUCAGGAAUUUUGUACGGUAAUGCUUCUUUCUGCUUGCAAUUCAGCAAAAUUGUUUUCAGAAUUUCAGGGAGAAAUGUAAGCCGCUAUGGCAAGAUAGCCGUGUAGAAUUAAGAAAAAGACGCUCUUAUGUAUUUUUUGAGUGAAUCUAUUUUUACUGGGAUAAAAA